AUGCCCACCCUCCAAGAAGUCCGCGAAGAUCUCAUCACACUCGAACUACGCCGCACAGCGCUUGGGCGCCAGGUUGAAGAGGCAUAUCUGGUCGAGUCAGACUGCUACCGCAAGGCCUACGACACCCCAGAUGGUCUCAGGCGGCUGAGAGAGGCACGCGAGAACCACGAAUUUCUGAAACAACAGCUGACGAAAGUAGUGACCGCAUAUGCGAAGUGGGAGAAGAUGGAGAAGGACCUGCUCGACGCAAUGCCACGAAUACACAGUCGCCCACUUCCUGCCGCGCCGUCUCCUUUCGCUCGUCUGAUGAGAUGGUUCAUGCCUGAGAUGCAGUACGGUCCUCCGCCACCACAGGAACCACCCACGCCACCUCCUCGCUCUCCACUUCGUCGAGAGGAUCAUCCUAGUAGCUCCCAUACUGCACCGCCUCCACCACAUCACCCCGCUCCAGCUCCACCUCCACCAGCACGAUCAUGGCCCGGACAGCCCACCCUCGCCCAAUGGCGAGACCAAUGUGCCGCGUGCUUCGCAGACUACGCAGGCAUAGAGAAGUUCCCAACACCUCCUUCCAACUCACUCUGUUACAACCAGGCAUGCAAUGAGCAGCACCGAAAGCUACCGCUCUGUAGCUGCCAGAUUCGCCACACGUUGGCUCAGGUGCCCGGUUUGAAUUUGAAAAGGGAACGGAAUGCCUGGCAUCCGGAUAAGUUCGCGGCGUGUAGAGAGGAUAAGAGGAAGGAGUUUCAGGAGAUGGCGACGGAGACUUUUGUUGUUGUUAUGGAGAUGCUUAAGGUGGCGUGA